AUGGGUGAAGGAGGAUACCAGCAGAUCAACAAAAGCUUGAAUGCUUGUGCAUUCGAUGACUACCUGAUCGCUCAGCAGUCGCGACUCCCUAAGUUACUCGAUGUCGAUCAACUUAGUCCCCGCGUUCUCCGUAUUCUUGGACAGAAUGCCGGCAAGUUCACACUUCAAGGCACAAACACGUAUAUUCUCGGUACCGGACGGCAGCGGCUCAUCAUCGACACCGCGCAAGGGUACCGCGCAUGGGCGGACUUGAUUGAAGAAACAUUACAUGAGCGAUCUAUUGAACUAUCUCAUGUGUUCCUGACGCAUUGGCAUGGCGAUCACACCAAAGGCGUGCCGGACUUGCUCCGCCUGUACCCAUACUUGGCUGAUGCCGUAUACAAGAAUUCUCCCGACAACAACCAGCAGCCAAUUGAGGACGGUCAAAUAUUCGCUGUAGAGGGGGCCACGAUUCGCGCGGUUCACGCCCCGGGCCACUCGCAUGAUCAUAUGUGUUUUGUGCUUGAGGAAGAUAACGCCCUGUUUACGGGUGACAACGUGCUCGGGCAUGGAACGAGUGCAGUGGAGCAUCUUGGCAUGUACAUGGACGCGCUGCGAAAGAUGCAGGCGCAGGGCUGCGUGACGGGGUACCCGGCGCACGGAGCCGUUAUAUCUGAUUUGCCGGGAAAGAUUGAGGCGGAAAUUGGACAGAAGACGCGCCGCGAGAGGCAGUGCCUCGUCGCGCUAGACCGGCUUCAUCGAGAGAAAGGAUCGGUUGGACAAGCGGGUAGCGUGACGGUUAGCGAGCUGAUUGAUACGAUUCAUGGUCACCAGCUAAACGAACAGGUACGGACGAAGGUAGUAGGCCCGUUCAUCGAUGAAGUCCUCUGCAAGCUGGCCGAGGAUGGCAAAGUAGGAUUUUGCGUGCGGAGGGGAGUAAAAAAAAAUGGUUUUCCUUGA